AUGCUCGACUCGGUAACUGAUAUAGCCAUAGUCGAUGCGACGAGAGUGCCUUAUCCGCAUGGAGCUUUGAACGACAAGCAAGCCAGGAAUGCAUUGCCAACAGAUCAUUGUUUACUGAACGCGGAAAGUUUGGAGAUUCUGAACCGCUUCGGCUUACUAGAGGAGCUAACCGAGUUCGCUAAACCGGUUCAGGGAGCCGACAUUAUAGAUUGUUCCACAACUGUGAAUGUUUUGCAGAUUGUGAAGGAAGUGAAAAGAUUUUCAAAGAACAAGUGCGCCAAGUUUCAUAGCGGUUUAGUUGUGGAGCAGUGGAAGCUAGAGAGGUAUCUGAUGGACCAUUUGUCGUGUAUGAACGUGGAUUUUUUUCGGUACCAUGUGGCGACAAAGAUUGUGAUUAACGGGACGAGCAUGGAGGAGUAUCCGAUUAGUGUGUUCUACCGGGAGUGUAACCCCUACGGACUAGACUGGACGGCGGGUAAGGCCCAGUCGUUACCGCACACAUCUUCGCUGGAUACAGUUGUGGUGCAUUCGGAUAUGGAUUUGAAUACGAGUGUAAAAUGUGUCUGUUGUCGUUAUUUGGUAGGCGCGGAUGGUCAUUACAGUAUUGUCCGUCAAGCCAUUAAAUCUACGUUGGUUAAGCUGCCACAGAAAAGCUAUGAAUAUCUUCUUAUCGACGUCGAAGCGGAAGAAGACGAAGCGGAAAACACUAUCGGGUCAGACGCAAACUCACAACACUACCGCAUCCUACAUAAGGAACAGGGAGCCUGCAUUGUGUACUCUUAUGCACACCCGGGCAAGUACCGAAUCAUCACCCGACGCCCCAAGCGGGACGACGAACAGUAUCUUGGUACUCCAGGACAACCCGCCGCCGAUGAUGACAUCCCCGAGCCUGCAAAAAGCAAUCGCUCAAUGGGAGGCAGGUCUACGGAGGGCCGGUCAACGGAGGGUCGAUCCACGAAAAGUCGCUCCGUUGAGGGUCGGUCCACAGGCGGUCGGUCCACAGGCGGUCGGUCCACAGGCGGUCGGUCCACAGGCGGUCGGUCCACAGGCGGUCGGUCCAUGCAGGGCGAAGCUGGCCCGUCAAAUGAAGUUGUUUACAAGGCGCCGGGGGGGCCUGCCUCGCUUCUCGACGACACGCCAGCCCCUGGCGGGGACCACGGCCGUGCCGCCGGUCGAGACGGGGCGGCUGAGAUUGACAGCUGGCUGGGCGAAGACACCGAUGCCGAGGGGGGGUGUGCACCGGCAUUUGCAUCGAGUGGCGGAGGCAUUAGCCUAGGUAACUCCGCCUGUGGGCUGGCCCUUGGCUUGGACGGCAGGCUGCCUUCUGAGAAGCAGUUUUCGGACGGCAGAUUGCAAAAGAAGGGUAGCAAUCUCCAAGACUCGACAACCCACCAGCCGAGCAGGGACGACUUCCAGCCGAGCCGGGACGGCUUCCAGCCGAGCCGGGACGGCUUGGAAAGCAGUGACCCCCUCAGCAAAGGUCUGGGUGAGGGGCUGCAUUUGCCCAUUGGCCAGCCGUCCGCGGGUGGUGAGCAGGUCGUGGGGUCUGCCGGAGGCGCGUCGGCAGCUGGCAAGCCGGCGACGUCAGAGCCGUGGUCGGUAUUGAGCCGACUGAGUUCGUACCGGCGGCGGCGGCCGCCGACGGCACAGCAAUUGGAGACGAUUGUGAGUUCGUUAUUCGGCGAUGUGCGCGAAAUAACUUGGUGUCGUUGCCUGAGUGUGGACUACGAGUUGACUGAGGAGUGUGCGAAGGUAGUGAACUCACGGUCGGCGGUGUUCCUGGUUGGUAGCGCGGCGCGUGGUUGUCCGCCGCUAUGGUCGGGGUCGCUCAAUAUGGCGGUGCAGGACUGUUAUAGUCUGGCUUGGCGGCUGCACAGUAUCGUAGGUUGGCGAAUCGCGAACCAGCGACUGGUACAGAGCUACAACCGCGAGCGCGUGCUGAGCACCUACCAGUACUUCCAGCAACAAAUGGAACGCACCGACACCCUACUCGCCUACCAACGUAUCGCCCCAGCCAGCGGCGUUCGCAAAGUCAUGCGCAAGUUCUGGAAAAAAGAGGAACAGGAACUCGCCCAAGACCUCAACGCCGUCGUACUUAGCAGCACUUGCGGCUCCGGCCAGUACAGCACACUCGUUGGUGCCGCCCGCUACGCCGGUGGCCACCCCAGCGGCAUCCACCUCGCCACAGGUGUUUCUGCGGUCCCGACGGGGCCUCCGGGGGCGCUGAUGGGACGUAGUCAGAGUGUGGCAUCUAUGUUAGCGGACAAGUUGUUAGCGCCACGGUCUCCGCAGCCGGGCGAUGCUUUGUGGAACGCCGUUGGUGUGGUGGACGGGGGAUUUGGGAAGUUGCCGCAGGUGAAGGUAAUUUCGUUUAAUGCGGCCGAUGAGACGAGUCAUCGUGUGACGGACCUGACUGACUUGGGUAAGCUGAGUCUGGGGACGCACAUGGUGUUAUUGGUGCUGCGUGUGCUGCCUUAUGGGUCGCGCGUGAAGACGAUUUUCGGUUGCGAAAGGCCGGAGCUGGCGCCCCGUUAUGAGGCGAAGGAUGUGGACGCUCUAGCCCUGCUUAGUCGUCGUACCAAUGGCCUGCCAUUCACGCCCUAUUGGGUCUUCACGCCUGCGGGCGAGAAGCCCAAAGAGGUCGUGUCGGUUCAAAAACAGAUCGAACAAAUUCCUGCUGACCUGCGCCGACGCGUGUCCGAAAAGGAACUCACUACUCUCGACCCCGAUACCGAAGUCGUUGAUGCCCUCCAGUUCAAGUUCAGCACCAGCGAACGCAUCCUCGCUAAAGAGACAUGUGCACGUACCGGCGACGAUGCCAGACCCUGUGGCGCGGGCUUCGCUAUCGUCCGCCCCGACGGCGUCAUUGCUCUAAAGGGGCUGGUGACUGACACCGCCGCCCUCGCCAUGUUCGACCUGUACCUGGCCGAACAUGCUCCCUCGCUCAAACCCUAA